AUGAAAAGAAGUGGUAAACAUAUGCCAAAGAAAGAAAGAUUUAUGAGUGAAAUGAAUCAUGUUCUAAACUCGAAUGGUGCUUUGUUGUUAAUAAUGGCUACAUGGCGUCAUCAAAAAAUCAAAUCACAGUCACUUAAUGGCAAGUUAAUAAUAGAUCAUUUGAAUCGUUUAUCAAACAAUUAUUGUUUACCAAAAUGGGUUAGUGUUGAAACAUUGGCAAAUCAACUACAUUUAAAAGAAAUUCAAACAGACGAUUGGACUUAA